UUCACACAAUAAAGCAGUCAUUUCCACGCAGUCUUCGCUGCAGGAACAUCGACUGCUGUUGUCUCUCCUCAUCAUUUUGUUGGGAUUAACACAGAUUUUUGUUUUUUUACUAUAAAUUGGGUGAAAUAUGGAUUUUAAGACAAUGACGCGUCAAGUUCUGUUGCUCAUCUUGAUCACCUCUUUCUUGUCCGUGCUCGGCCAAGUCAGCUACUCGAUCCCGGAGGAACUGGAGAAAGGAUCUUUGGUGUCUAACGUGGCUCAGGAUUUAGGUUUGGACCUGAAAAGACUGAAAUCAGGGCGAGCUCGGAUCCAUUCAGGAGACAGCAGGGAAUAUAUCGAGCUGGAGAAAGAAAGGGGGCUCCUCCUUGUGAAGGAGAGGAUAGACAGAGAGACGCUGUGUGGUGAGACGACGCUCUGUGCUUUGCAUUUGCAGAUGAUUUUGGAAAAUCCCAUGGAAUUGUUUCGUAUUACUAUUGAAAUCACGGACAUUAAUGACAAUCCCCCCACUUUUGCGUCCAGCAGCAAACGCUUUGAAAUCAGCGAGUCCGCCAUUAUCGGCUCUAAAUUUGUGCUGGAAAAAGCAAUCGACGCUGAUAUCGGUGCAAAUGGUCUGCAAAGCUACUCACUGAGUCCAACUGAUAAUUUCAUCCUUAAAAUAGCAAAUCAAGCAGAUGGACGUAAGAAGGUGGAGAUGAUACUGCAGAAGCAUCUAGAUAGAGAGCAGCAGGAGCAGAUUUCAUUGUUAUUAACAGCCUUUGAUGGAGGACAACCACGCAGGUCAGGAACAAUGCAGAUUAAUGUGCAUGUGUUAGAUAUAAAUGAUAACGCUCCAGUGUUCACUAAAUCUUCAUAUAAGGCAACUAUUAGUGAAAAUGCACCUAAAGGAACCAGUGUGAUAACUGUUAGUGCAUCUGACAAAGACAGUGGCUCCAAUGGGAAAAUAUCUUAUUUAAUAUCCCAAAACACGCUCAGACUAUCUGAAGUUUUUCAGAUAAAUAGUGAUACUGGAGAGGUUAUUUUAACAGGUGAUAUUGAUUAUGAGCGAGCAAAAGUGUUAGAAAUAGAUAUUGAAGCUGUAGACAAUGGAGGACUGUCUGAUUCCAGUAAGAUCAUGAUUGAUAUCAUUGAUGUUAAUGACAACAGUCCUCAAAUAAAAAUACUUUCUAAAUCAGAUUCCAUUUCUGAGGACUCUGCGGAGAAUACUGUUGUUACUAUGUUAAGUGUUAAUGACCCAGACUCUGGCAGCAAUGGAGAAGUUAAGUGUAAAAUUAAUGAAGAUAUUCCAUUUAAAAUAGAAAACAACAUGAAUGGAUUUUAUAGUUUAAUGACAGAAGUAGCUUUGGAUAGAGAAUUAGCAUCUCAGUAUAACAUCACAGUGAUGUGCUCUGAUGAGGGAGUGCCCUCCCUCUCCAGCAGCGUCACUCUCACCUUACACAUCUCAGAUGUGAACGACAACGCACCUGUCUUUGAGAGGAGCUCAUAUGAGGCCUCCAUUGUAGAAAACAACACUCCAGGUCUUUCUAUAUUCACAGUGAAAGCCAGAGACGCUGACUGGAACCAGAACGCUCGCCUCUCUUACAUGCUGGAGGACUCCUCUGUUAACGGAGUGCCAGUCUCCUCAUAUGUGUCUGUUAGUGCUGAUAGUGGAGUCAUCCAUGCAGUGCGCUCUUUGGACUACGAGCACCUGAAAGAGUUUCAUUUCCGCGUCAGAGCUCAGGAUGGAGGUUCUCCUCCUCUCAGCAGCAACGUGAGCGUCCGCGUCCUGAUCCAGGACCAGAACGACAACGCCCCCCAGGUCCUGUACCCGGUCCAGACGGGCGGCUCGGUGCUGGCUGAAAUGGUGCCUCGUUCAGCAGAUGUGGGCUACCUGGUGACUAAAGUGGUGGCUGUUGAUGUGGACUCUGGACAGAACGCCUGGCUCUCCUAUAAAGUGCACAAAGCCACAGACAGGGCGCUGUUUGAAGUGGGCCUACACAAUGGAGAAAUAAGAACUGUCCGCCAAGUCACUGAUAAAGAUGCUGUCAAACAAAGACUGAGUGUUCUAGUGGAGGACAACGGGCAGCCCUCUCGUUCAGCUACAGUCAUUGUUAACGUGGCGGUGGCGGACAGCUUCCCUGAAGUGCUGUCAGAGUUCACUGACUUUAGCAUGCACGACAAGGAGUACAAUGACAAGCUGACUUUUUACUUAGUCUUGGCUUUGGCUGUAGUCUCCUUCCUCUUCAUCACCUGCUUGCUGCUCAUCAUAUCAGUCAAAGUGUACAGGUGGAGACAGUCUCGCGUCCUGUACCACUCCAACCUCCCUGUCAUUCCAUAUUAUCCACCACGUUACUCAGACACUUUGGGGACAGGGACUCUCCAACACGUGUACAAUUACGAGGUGUGCAGGACCACAGACUCCAGGAAAAGUGACUUUAAGUUGGACGGAGCUGGUAGUCACAAUGUGCUAGUAAUGGACCCCAGUUCUACAGGAACCAUGCAGAAGAUACACAGUGAAAGGAACAUCUUGGAUGAACCCGACUCUCCUUUCGAGGUUGGUCACUUCUGUUUUGCAUUAACUAAACAAUAG